AUGCUGAUCAUCUUCUUUUUCAUGUCGGUUCUUCUCUCUUGUUUACCUCUGCUGCUUUCCUCUGCUACAUACGAUAACGCUUCUACCCCUAUCUGCCCGGAAAGUUUCAGCUGCAGCCCAAUUUUAGCCCCAUUCAAGUACCCUUUUUACAAUGCCAGUGACAGUAGUCAAUGUGGGUUGAUCAAGGUCCGCUGUUCUACCUCCAAUCUUAGCCAAAUUCAACUUGGAAAUCACUCGUACAGUAUUACGCGCAGGCCUUGGCCUCGUUCUUUUGUCUUUAUCAAGAACAAAACAUUUGAAAAUCUUGUAGAUGAUAAAAGCUGUGAGGCACUUGAGUAUAAUUUCACUUCUCCAACUCCUCUUUUGUUUUCCAUUUCAAUCUUCAGCAACAUGACUGUCUACAAAUGCACAAAUCAUUCCAAUUAUGCUCGUUCUUUUUUUGACCGACACAAGUUACAGAAUUACAGUAGCUACAAGUGCAAAGAUCACAGUUACAGUUUCUACUAUAGAUAUCCGAUUGAUUAUACAACAAUUCCAAGUGAUCUCCCACAUUCGUGCGAUGUAAUACAGCUGCCAGUGAAACUGGAUCCAGUAGUAGAUCAGGCCAACAUAUUUUCCCUUCUCUCCCCUGAAUUCUCUAUAGCUUUUCAUUUGUCACCAUCUUGUGAUGGGUGCCACAAGAAAGGCGGCCAGUGUCGUGUUGACAAUGGACAGUUUCAUUGUUUAAAUGCCAAAAAUGAAAAGGGAAAACUGAAACUGAAACUGAUCCUAGGUGUUGCUGGAUCUGGCUUCAUCCUCAUGCUGUCUUCUAUUAUCUUCGCAAUCUGGCGUUACUGUAAAAGCAGCCCUUUUUCGUACGUCUCAUCAAAGGACACUCUAGACCUUGAAGAUGGGAGUCACUUCUUUGGCGUCUCCGUUUUCUCCUACGAAGAGCUAAAAGAUGCCACCCAAAAUUUUGACCCUUCUCAAGAACUAGGGGAUGGAGGUUUUGGAGCUGUUUACUAUGGUAAGCUCCAAGAUGGGCGAGAAGUUGCAGUGAAACGACUUUAUAAGCACAACUACAAGCAAGUCCAACAAUUCAUAAAUGAGGUCGAAAUCCUUGCCAAACUACGACACCCCAACCUCGUUUUGCUCUAUGGUUGCACCUCUAAACAAAGCCACGACCUUCUACUUGUUUAUGAGUACAUUCCCAAUGGCACCCUUGCCGAUCACCUCCACGGUCCGCAAGCAAAUCCAAGCCUGCUAACAUGGCUGAUAAGGAUGAAGAUCGCCAUAGAAACCGCCAGUGCACUAGCCUACCUUCAUGCCACCGAAAUCAUACACCGAGAUGUAAAGAGCAACAACAUUCUCCUUGAUCACAACUUCUGUGUCAAAGUAGCCGAUUUCGGGCUCUCAAGGCUCCUACCAAAUGAUGUCACCCACGUGUCAACUGCUCCGCAGGGAACCCCGGGAUACGUGGACCCACAAUAUCACCAGCGGUACCAAUUAACAGAUAAGAGUGAUGUUUACAGCUUUGGAGUAGUGUUGAUGGAGCUAAUAUCGUCAUUGGUAGCUGUCGAUUUAAGUAGGUCUUCAGACGACAUUAGUUUGGCCAACCUGGCUAUAAACCGGAUCCAAAGAUGCGUGGUCGAUGAAUUGAUUGACCCGGUUCUAGGAUCUGAUUCAGAUUCCGAAAUCACGAGGAUGAUCAGAUUGGUAGCAGAAUUGGCUUUUCGGUGUUUACAGUAUGAUUCGGAAAUGAGACCGACAAUGAGCGAGGUGUUGGAAGUGUUGGAGGAUAUUCAAGGCAGUGGAAGAACCUGUGCUUAUGAUGACAUAAAAGAAUCGGAACACUUCGAUCCUCCAUCUUCAAUGGAAACCAUGAAUGAUACGGUGGUUUUGUUAGGGCCAUCACCGCCGCCAGCCUCCGUCGCCGGUGAUUGGCAGAGUGGUAGCUGUGGACCAACUACAUUAAGCAGCAGUGGAGACCGAUUGCCAAUGAAGAAUUAGUGUAUUAUGUAUUGUUUUAUAUGAUUUGUUUCCAUCUAAAUUAGGAUUUAGAAUAUCAAUUGAG